CUUCUUCCCAUCAAUAACUAACGAGAGGAAAAGGGCAAGCAGGCGGACUGUAUCCUGUUAGUAUCCGCGAUGGAGAGCGGAAUCAGAUAUUGCCGGGUUAAUGCCAGUGCGUUCUGCACCCUGCUUGUGGUACUACUAUUGCUCGCUUGGGUUCCGGUGACCAAAACAGCGAUAACUUGCAGGUCAUGUCAGCUGCUGGAUAAGUGGAGUGGCCGGCAAUUACUGGUGAGGAUGGACGGUGGUGUUCAUUCCGCAACAGGGUCCGUGGGUAAAGUUGCUGACAAAAAUGGAGACGGGUCAACGGCGCUGUUUAAUUCUGAUGGUGCUGAAACUGGGCAGCGCGACUGGAGCGCGAGUGGGAAUCACACUCAUUCUGUGCAAAAAAGGAAUACCGAUAAAGUAGCCGGUGCCAAAAUGCCACUCCAUAAUAAAUGGGAGUCAUUGCGCAGUAAUGGCAAAGUUUCACACCCAAAACGGCCAGGUUCAGCCCCUAUGGAUCUCAAGCACCGAGUGCGUAGAAGCGCACUGGGACCCGUUAUGUCACCAGGCUCGCUCCAGAGUGAGCGCUGGCCGCCAGCUUUUGGAAACGGCACCGUACGCGCUGCGCGUCGAGUCCCGCGCUCAGAGUUGAGGUGGAACAGAGAAAAGCGGAGAGCGGCCACAUCGCGGCAGGAAGAGCUGAAACUUACCAGCUCCACCUUUGCACUGACAGGGGAUUCCGCUCACAACCAAGCCAUGGUGCACUGGUCCGGUCAAAACAGCAGCGUGAUCCUCAUGUUGACCAAACUGUAUGACUUCAACCUGGGCAGUGUCACUGAGAGCUCCUUAUGGAGGUCGACAGAUUACGGAACCACUUAUGAGAAACUCAAUGAGAAGGUGGGUGUGAAAACCAUCCUCAGCUAUCUGUAUGUCAGCCCCAACAACAAGCGAAAGAUCAUGUUGUUGACAGAUCCAGAAGUGGAGAGCAGUUUACUCAUCAGCUCGGAUGAAGGCGCCACCUAUCAAAAAUAUCGCCUCAACUUCUACAUCCUGAGCCUGUUGUUUCAUCCAGAGCAGGAAGACUGGAUCCUUGCUUACAGCCAUGACCAGAAGCUGUACAGCUCUGUUGAGUUUGGCCGUCGCUGGCAGCUUGUUCAUGAGCGGGUGUCGCCAAAUCGAUUUUACUGGUCAAAAACGGGCCUUGAUAAAGAGCCAGGCCUGAUUCACCUUGAGACCAGCAUCUCGGAAACCCAGGCUCUUUAUGUCACAUGCAAACUUCAGAACUGCACAGAUGCUAACAAGGGCAAACCGUUUCCUGGAUUCAUUGACCCCAACUCUCUAGUGGUCCAAGAUGAGUAUGUGUUUGUCCAGGUGUCAACUGGUGGUCGGCCAAUCUACUAUGUGUCAUCCAGGCGAGAUGUGUUUACACCCAUGAAGCUUCCCAAAUACACCCUUCCAAAGGAUCUGCAUGUGAUCAGUACAGAUGAGAACCGGGUGGUGGCCGCAGUUCAAGAAUGGAACCAGAACGACACUUAUAACCUGUAUGUGUCCGAGCCCGGAGGCAUUUACUACAUACUGGCUUUGGAGAACGUCAUGAGCAGUAUGGGACCAGAGGGAAAUGUCAUGAUAGAUCUAUAUGAGGUGGCAGGGAUAAAAGGCAUGUUCCUGGCCAAUAAGAAGCUAAAUAAUGAGGUGAAGACAUAUAUAACCUAUAACAAAGGCAGAGACUGGAGGCUUCUUCAGGCCCCCUCAAGUGAUCUCAGAGGGAAUAGCAUCCAUUGCAUUCUGCCAUACUGCUCCCUGCAUCUUCACCUGCACGUAUCAGCUAACCCCUACACUUCUGGAAAUAUAGCCAGCAGAGAGUCAGCCCCUGGAAUCAUAGUAGCUUCAGGUUCAAUUGGUGCGGAGUUAUCGAGCAGUAACGUUAGCAUGCUCAUCACAUCCGACGCUGGAAACACAUGGCGGCAGAUAUUUGAUGAAGAGUACAGUGUGCUGUAUCUGGAUCAGGGUGGGGCUUUAGUGGCUAUCAGACACACCCCUCUUCCUAUCAGGCACCUCUGGUUGAGUUUCGAUGAGGGGAGGGUCUGGAACAAAUACAGUUUCACUUCAUCACCCCUGUUCGUAGAUGGAGUGUUGGGUGAACCAGGGGAGGAGACGCUUAUUAUGACGAUCUUCGGUCAUGUCAGUCACCGCUCAGAAUGGCAGCUGGUAAAGAUAGACUUCAGGUCGAUCUUUAACAGAAGAUGCAUGGAGUCUGACUAUGUGCAGUGGGUUUUGCAUGACCAGGGAGAACGCUGCCUCAUGGGGGUAAAACGAGUCUAUCGAAAGCUGAAGCCCAUAGCAAGAUGUGUUAUGGGAAAAACCCACUCUGUCACGAUGAUUUCACAACCCUGUGACUGCACUGAAUCAGAUUUUGAGUGUGAUUAUGGUUUUGAGAGAAGGACUGAUAGCAAAUGUACUCCAGCGUUCUGGUUCCGUCCUUCAUCUAUGUCUCGGAGCUGUGCCACAGAACACACUUUCCUCAACAGCACUGGGUAUAGAAAGGUGGUGUCUAAUAACUGCACCGGCGGCGUGAUUGAGCAGUACACAGCCCGUAGGCAAGUGUGCCCUAGCCAGGCUCCCCACGGUCUUCACCUUGUGACCAGCGAAGGGAAGCUUAUCGCUUCUCUUGCUAGCAACGUCACCUUCCUUGUGUUCCUGGAGGAGGGAGAUGGAUCAAGAACCAGCAUCAAGGUGGAUUUUGGAGAUGGAAAUGCCUUCACCUACUCCAACGUGAGCUCUUUAGAGGAUGGAAUUAAACACAUCUACAAGAACGUGGGAAUCUACCGAGUGUCAGCCACAGCAGAGAACAGUAUGGGCUCUGAAACUGUGCUCCUCUUCCUACACAUUACAUGUCAGUUGGAGUCUAUUCACCUCUCUGCCCCAUUUGUGGUCGUGAAAAAUAAAGAAGUAAAUUUGACUGUGGUUCUCUGGCCAAGCCAAGUCGGAACAGUCACCUAUAUCUGGUGGUUUGGAAACAAUUCUGAGCCCGUGAUCACGCUCGAGGGGAGUGUGGCGUUUACGUUCUCUCAAGAGGGAAUCAGUGUUGUCACUGUACAGGUGGCCGCUGGGAAAACCAUCCUGCAAGACAGGAAAACCAUCGCUGUCCACGAAUACUUCAGAUCUCAUCUUCUUGCCUUUUCGUCCAAUCUGGAUGAUCACAACCCCGAUGUGGCCGAAUGGAGACUGGAUGUCAGUCGAGUCAUUAAAACCUCUAUGGUGCAGGCGACAGGAGUGAGUCCAGAACAGCUGUUGGUCACUGUUCUGCCCGGUCUGCCCACAGCGGCUGAGUUCUUCCUCUUACCAGACAAACAGCUGACAGAGGGAAAGCUAGACAAAACAGUUACCCAUUUAGACCAGCUCUCAGAACAGGUGCUCAGUGCUCUGAAUCAGAAUCUGGUUCAGUUCACACUUAGACCCGGAGUCCAGAUCACAGUAUAUGCUGCCCACUUAUCAGCAGCACCUCUAGUGGACACAAGUGAGAACUACAGUGGCUCAGCUAUGCUCAUGCUCCUCUCUGUGGUUGUGGUGGGUUUAGCUGUGUUCCUCAUCUAUAAAUUCAAAAGGAAGAUCCCAGGCCUCAACAUCUAUGCAACGAUGCAGGACGAAAAAGAACAAGAAAUGAUCCAGAGUCCAGUGUCUCCCGCAGACAGCACACCCAGCUGCAGUUCUCAAAGAGAGCUGCUCACUUCACUGGAACCUCUGGACACAGAGCCCAAUACUCAGACCAUCGAAUGCAUCAAACCUCAUCCAUGUGUCAAAUUCUCAUCGGAUCUUCCUACAUUCAUUGACGUUUGAACUCUGGUCUCCGUCAUGUCGAGGACUUGCGGACACAAAGGUUUCAAGCUUUAUUCAGUACUUGUGCAUGUUGGACAUUAACUUUACUGUGCUCUGUGAAUACUAGAACAAACUUUGUACAGGUUUUUAUAAUGUCUGUAUAUUCAAUACGAGAACUCUUUUUGAAGUUGUUCAUUUAUAAAGAUUGCCAGUGUGUACAGAGUUAGAGGGAAAGGCCAGCAUGUCCAAGAGUGGAAACAGGAAAUUAUUCUUGGUUUCUCUUAAGUGUCUUUUUUUAUUUCUAUCAGUGGUGGUACAGUUUUUAUGAGAGUAAAACAUGGGUGUGUGACAUUUUAAGGGUGUUUUAUGUCAAACUGCAAAAUUAUUAAUGAUUAUUGUAAAAUAAAAUACAAAAACAUUAGUAAUAUAAUAUUAAUGGUAUCACUUUAAAAUAAGGUUGUAUUUGUUAACAUUAAUGCCAUAGGUAACAUGAAAUAACAAUGAACAAC